AUGGCGGCGGCGGCGGGACUGAGGAGGGCCGGCGGCAGGUUUCUUCUUGCGCGCGACAUCAGGGGCAGCGGCGCCAAUGCGCACUUCUUGGGCCGCGGCGGCUUCGAUGGCGGAGGCGUUACAAUGCCGCGCGUGUUGCUGGAGGAUUCGGCGCCCGCGCCGGCGCCGGCGAUGGACGCCCCCGCGACGACGACCGGGAGGGGGGCCCGGCCGCCACCGUCCGCCGCCUCCGCCGCGGCGUCGAGGAUCACGCCGGCAGUGCUGUUCAUCACGGUGGUCCUGGCCGUGGUGCUGCUCGUCUCCGGCCUGCUCCACGUCCUGCGGCGCCUCUUCCUCAAGAGCCACCACGCCAGCGCCGGCGCCGGGGAGCGCCAGCUGCAGCACCUCUUCUUCCCCGCGCACGAGGACGGCGCCGGCUCCAGCGGCGGCGGCGGCGGCCUCGGCCAGGCCGCCAUCGACGCGCUCCCGGAGUUCGCGUACGGCGAGCUGUCCGGGACCGCCGCCGCCGCCAGCAGGAAGGGCAAGGAGAAGGCGGCCCGGCCGUUCGACUGCGCCGUCUGCCUCUGCGAGUUCGCGGACCACGACCGGCUCCGCCUGCUCCCGCUGUGCGGCCACGCCUUCCACGUCGCCUGCAUCGACGUCUGGCUCCGCUCUAGCGCCACCUGCCCGCUCUGCCGCACCAAGCUCUCCGCGCGCCACCUCGCCGCGGACGCGCAGCCAUCAUCCGUCGGCCCGGACGUCGAGGAGCAGAAGCCGCAGCAGGAUCAGGCGGCGCCAGACGCCGCCGAGGCCGCGAGCAGCAGCGUCGUGCUCCCGGUCAGGCUCGGCCGGUUCAAGAACGCCGACGCCGCCGCCGCCGAGUCUAGCUCCAGCACCGGCGCCACCAGCCGCAUCGACCGGCGGAGGUGCUACUCGAUGGGCUCCUACCAGUACGUGCUCGCCGACGAGCACCUGCUGGUGUCCGUGCACCUGCGGCACGGCAAUGCGGGCACCGCGUGCGGCACCAGCGCCGCAGUAACCGCGGUGAGCAGCGGCGACGAGCAGCACCAGGGCAAGAAGGUGUUCGCGCGCGGCGACAGCUUCUCCGUGUCCAAGAUCUGGCAGUGGCGCGGCAGCAAGCGGCUGCCCGGUGGCCUCUGCGCCAACGACGGCCUGCCGUGGGCCCCGGCGGGCAAGGACGAUCAUGCCAGCGAAAACACGAGGCAACACAGCGACAGUUGA